GUGAAUUGUAUGACUAUAUACUUCCUCAAAAGCUUGUGAUAGUUCCCUGAAUUGAAGCAGGAGGCCCUUCUCUUUAACAUGCGAUGUGCGCGCUACAGGUGACGCGAUGAGAUGAGGUGAAAGGAAGCUCUUUACUGUUGCGAUUAGCUCCGGGCGGUUCUCGGGAGCGUCUCCCCGCAGGGCUGGCGUCGGCGGUCGGACCCACGACCAGAAACCUUUUGCGCACAACACAGUGUUUGUCAUCUGCCUGCAACGACCGUGACCGCAACCGCGACAGCGACAGCGACACUUUUUGUGCGUGCUUGUUGCCCCAACAAGACAUGGCUUGGUACGAUUCCGACAGUUGGGCCACGGCCGCCUUUGCGCCCCACCUCUCCACCAUCGUCAUUACGCUGCUCGUAGCGGUCGUGCUGCCCAUCUUGCUGCACCAGUUUGUGUACAAAAGGGCCACGCCGACGACGCUGCCCUCUUUCCUGCUCCUGGGGCCGAGCGGUGCGGGCAAGACUGCGUUCCUGACGCUGACAGAGCGCAGAGCCGUCGCCGCCGCGCCCACGCACACAUCGACAUCGCCCCUGACCAUCCAGGCGCUCCUCCCCGACAGCUUCACGCCCGAGUCGGCCCACUUUCGCUCGCCCGGCGAUCCGGCCUAUGAACGAGCACGCCGGUUCCUGCUUGUCGACACCCCCGGCCAUGGCAAGCUGCGCCACUUCGCCACGGGCCAGCUAGUCAACCCCACCCACGUUUGUGGCAUCGUCUUCGUCGUAGAUGCGGCCUCGGUGGCCGAAGAAGCCGGGCUAAACGAGGCCGCCGAGUACCUCCAUGACGUGCUGCUCUCGCUGCAGAAGCGCUACACUAAUGCCAAGACCAGCAAAGGGCCCCGCGAGAUCCCCGUCCUUGUGGCGGCGAACAAGCUGGAUCUCUUCACUGCAUUACCGCCGCAUCUUGUUAAGAUAGCGCUGGAGAAGGCUGUAUCGGACGUGAGGAAGAGCAGGGCCAAGGGCCUAAAGGAUUCAGGGGUUGCAAUGGGCGGCGAGGAUGACGGAGUCGAUGAAGAGCGGGAGUGGCUAGGCGGAGGAGGCGAGGGCCCUUUCGAGUUCCGGCAAAUGGACGAGGUGGGGACGAGCGUGGUCGUUAAGGGGGGCAAUGUGCUUGGAGGAGACGGAGCCGAUGUGAGGGGCUGGCUUGAGUGGAUUGCGGAGCAAUUGUGAGGGCAUGAGGAUGCCAUGGGCAUGCUUCUUCUGUUAUCAGCCUUGCCUUCACCGUUGGCCGCUUGCACGGGUCCAAGGCACGGCCACGCCCAAAGUUGUCUCUGGCGGACUGUAGCAUCAGGCGCGGGGCCUCUGCAGCGUGAUUCAAGCGCGCAUGUUAAACACUUCCGAAUCUUGUUGUGGUGCGCAAGGCUGAGUAGGCAAACCUCUAAGACGGGAAAGCGCAGCACCGCUGAAGGAUUUGGGCAUGAAGUGUGGACAUCGACUGGCCUCCUACUCGCUAGGAGUCACACUGCAUCAUAUCCAAUACAAUGGUCAUGGGUCCAUAUCAGGCAGCUCCGGAUGUGAAUAUAU